AAUAAUAAUGCUAAUGAAAUUCAUAAUGUGGAUCACUGGUUACAAAUGGUAGAAAAUUGGAUUAAAAUAUUGGAUACUGAGAAUCAUUUGGAUAAUAGUGAAGAUAUUGAUAAAGAGCUACUUAAUAUACAAUAG